AUGAAAAUUCAUAGACAAGGGUAUGGAAAAACUGUAGCCUAUGUGAUGCCACAUCCCAAAAUCAGGGCUAUAAACCUUCCCUCAGUAUUUGGAAUAGUGCCAAAGCCCCAAAAUGCGAGAAUUAUUUCAGUUAAUCUUCAUAGCAUCUUACGGUGGGAUCCACCUGGGUUUCACAAAGGAAAUGUAACUUAUACUGUCCAGUCUAAGAGCAUCAAUUUCCCUAAAGGCACAUUUGAAAAUCUGAGCACAAACAUGGGACUCACAGAGUGCGAUAUCUCCUCUCUAUCAGCGUACGGAGACUAUAUUUUACGCGUCAGAGCAGAGUCAGAAAAUAAACAGUCAGACUGGGUGAUCGUCAGAUUUAAGCCAAUGGAUGAUACAAUCAUUGGGCCACCUGAUGUGAAAGUGAAGUCAGAAUCUGGGUCUUUGCAUGUGGAUUUCUUAGGCCCUACUGCUGAGCAUGAACCUGACAAAUGGUCGUUAAAGCAAUAUUACGGCUCGUGGAUUUACAGAAUACUAUACUGGAAGAAAGGCAGCUUUAAGGAGGUCAUUCACAUAGAUACUAAACACAACUCUGAAAUAUUAUCUCAGUUGGAGCCAUGGACUGUAUAUUGUAUUCAAGUACAAGCAGUUAUUCCUGAGUGGAACAAAACAGGUGAACUGAGUCAAGAGCUUUGUGACCAGACAACCCACAAUGGUGUAACUCCUGCAUGGAUAAUUGUCACUGUUCUUUUCGGAUCCAUGUUGGCUGUUAUAAUAUUUGUUUCUGUCUGCUUCUUUUCCUUUUUGUUUCUGUAUCGACUGACCAAACAUGUUUUCUGCCCUUCAUAUUAUUUCCCACAACACUUGAAAGAGGUUUGUUUAUUUGUAUUUUACCCAACAUAGUUAAAAUCAGCUUUUUUGCUAGAACUGCCUGCCGCCCAAAGGCCCUCUGUGCCAAAACUUUUACAGCUUCUUUCAUUUUGCUUUCUUGCAUAUGCACCUGAUUAUUAUUCCUAUAUAAAAUGCAGAUUAUUCUGAGCGGGUUUUAAGACAAUGUGGAGCAAUGCUGGUUAUUGGUGUGCUGUUAUUGGGCUAGAGGAACCCAUCCUGUUGUCUGUUUUUGUUAGUAGAUAUUGUGUAUGAUAAAAUUUGCUCUUCUGCCAAGCAAUUUGGACUAAACAGAAAAGGCAUUCAAAUAAGUAGAAAUGAUAACGUCAUGAACUAUGACUAAACAGAAAAGGCAUUCAAAUAAGUAGAAAUGAUAACGUCAUGAGCUUUGGUUUAAAAAGGUGAGAGAGCAAUGUACUUUUCCACCACCUUUCUCAUGCUGAAGUUAGUUCAUUUAAUGGUUAAUUUCUGGCAUUAGAAAGUCAUAAAUUUUGCUUGAAUGUUACCUUGGUUUCCCUCGGUUUCAUCAAGUUCUGUGGCACUACACAGACGUGAGGAAAGAGCUGUGAAAUCAGACUUCUUUUUGAAGCUUGCUGCUGUACAGUAAACUCUGAAAUACUGUCAUUCUGAAUUUUUAUGCACAGAACACUCGAAAAUAUUAAAAAGCGGAACAAUUGAAAAAUUGGCAUAGAAUUUUAUAGCUAAAAUAACUGCAUGAUUUGUAAUAUGAAGCCUUAUAUGGCUUGGAAACAGGAUGUUUUCCUUCGUUUUAUAGGGGAGAAUAACAGGUGUUAACAUGCAGUUCCUCUUUUUAGAUAGUGAACAACUAAGAACUGAAACAAAGUUCUUUCACAAAUAUAAUAAAGCUCAACUUAGGCAAAGAAUUUAGUGAUGUCUGAAAAUUCAACAUAAAAUGAGGGCAAUGAAUGUUAGCUGCUGGGGAAUGCCACUGACUCUUUGCUACCCAAUUAGCAGCUUAAAUGCUGUAUCAGAAUCUCCUCCAAGAAAUAGGGCUUUACAGAAUACUACAUAUGGUAAGGUUAUUCUAUAGUGCUCUAAGUUUUAUACGCUUUCUCUUGGGUCUUUCUUUUUGACUCAUUUAGAGUUUAGCAGACUGAAGCUUUAUAACUGAUUUAGCACAAAUCUUGUGCUUUAAGUUGAGGACAUACAGCAGGAGUUUGCUGAACCUGGAACUCAGCUGUUGAGAAGCCAAAAUUGUUUUGCUUAAUACAGGAUAAGGUAGAACUUCAUUUUACUCUCGGGUUCCUCACAAGAAGAGGAAACAUCUUCAUUUUGUGUUACUGGGUGGAAUUGGUUAAUCAAAACAAAUUGACUAAUAAAGUCAGUCUCACUUAACUAAACUGACAGUAUCAAAGGCAAUAGUUUCACUACACUUGGGAUUGCUGGUUACUGAUAGAACAUUUCAAAUCACAGUUUAAUAGACCAAGGCUACUACUAAUAAUGCUAGUCUUUAUUUUUUUAAUUACAAUGGAUAGAACUGUUGAUAGAGCAGCUUACGUUAUGUGCAAUGUACUAAAACUGAAGGGUCAGGUCAAAGGAAGAAAAUCCAGUGGUACUCCUACAGCUGCCACCAAUAAAAUGAACUGCCCUGUGAGCUGCCAAAAUGAGUAGUUGCCGUAUUACUGCUGUGUUAAGUAGGUGUGUGCUCUUUUUGUGUUGGUGUUCAAAAUACAGUUAUGACAUGCUGUGAA